GUUCGAUUCCAAGGCUCCUGCUACUGGGGCCGAGUUAGGGAACAUGGGUUCUCUCACGUCCCAGCCUCUUGAGCCAGUCAAGGUCGCCGCACCCCGUGAGGCCGCUUCUUCCGUCAACCCUGCACCCCUCGAUAAACCCAGAGCCCCGACCACUCCAGAGCAACCCCCUGUACUUAGUAACUGCUGGAGCUGUCGCGUGCUCUCCGGAUCGGGGUUGAUAGGGGCGGGCUGGUAUGUGUACUGGUUGGCGCGGAAGCCCCUGAAGCUGGGAUACGCCCCGAGCCCAGGGAUAAUUACGCAGAUGGUCAUCGGCAUCAGCAUCGCUUGUUGGGGUGUAGUCAUCCUGUCAGACCCCAAAGGAAAGGCCUUCCGCGUUGGUUGAAAGUACCACCAGUGAAUUUGUCAUCAUCUGUCCCUGUCCCAUAAUACACCGAGCACGCAUGGAGCUUAUGGAUAUUCUGGACUUACACUGGAACGUUGAUCUACUUCAGUUCUGCAGAUACUACAAGACUGAAAAGACAAGCAUUGGCUGACAUUCUUUGCACACGAGUAUUUGUGGACUUCUCGGUCUCCACAAGGACCAAUAAAUUUCUCAGAGAACAGAACAGGUUCUGUGUCUUAACUGAGGAACGAGAAUAUAGUAAUAAAAAAAGAAAUGAUAAACCAAAUGGGAAAAUAAACUAAAAUAA